GCACCUGCGAAUAGCGCGAUCCAGUAUGAGACCCAUACAUUUUUCCCUGAGUUUGGGAAAAUGCCUUCUGAAUAUAAGGGUUGGCCAAACGAUGAUCAAGAUGCUCUGUGGGAGGAACUACACUCGAAGGGUCGAGCAGUUCAAAUCAGCCCUAAAGAAAAUAGUAUGCUUUACAACCAGUCGAUAAAUGUUCCUAUAGUUGGGUUCGAAGACAAACAUAUGAUUGGCCUAGACGUUUUUCACCAGUUACACUGUUUAGACACUCUACGCAAAUCGUUUUACCCAAGAAGAUACAAUAUUACCCUUCUCAAGCCAGAUGGAAUGGUGAACUACGUACCAUGGCUUCAUGUCGAUCAUUGUAUUGAGUCGAUUAGACAGUCAUUGAUGUGUAAUGCAGAUGUAACCCCUAUGCAUUACGAGUGGAAUGACGAAAUCAAGUCUGUCGUACCCAAGAUAACGAUAACUCACGUCUGUAGAAACUUCGAAAAAAUCAAAAAGUGGGCUGCAGAUCGAUGGGUUGAUUGGAAGUGGUCAGACAAUCGAAAGGUUGUGGAAAAUGGGGAAGUGAAAGAUUAUUCAGGUUGGGAAGUAAUGACAGAGGAACAUCCGCUACCUAAAGAUUGGGUUGAGAAUGAACAUCUCAGUGAAUUUGUUCAAUAG